AUGCUCGGUGUGGCGCGUGCACUCCUCCGUAGUCUCUUUGUUGUCGGUGUCAUCGCGUCUGUCAUGUUGGCGACGGUGCACGGCCUCGCCGAGGCCAUCGACAUCAUCUUCUGCCUCCCGUUUCUUAUCUACGGAGCCACACUGGGCCUCUUUGAAGGUAUUCCGCUGUUGUUAGCGACGCGCCACGACGCUGCAUCGACCCCGUCACUGCCCGUCGUAUGGCAGUGCUAG